ACACCCACUCACACACAGAGCAAGCGCACAUCACAAGCACAAGCAGCUCGAUCGCACUAGCUUUGCUGCACGACCUGCUCCGUCACAAAUGGCCAUGGCACCGAGAGCGUUGCUCCUCCUGGCCGUUGGGCUCAUGGUCGUGGCCUCGGCGAGCGCCCACGGCGGCUACGGGUCGUGCCCCAGGGACGGGCUGAAGGUGAAGGCGUGCGUGAACGUGCUGGGCCUGCUCAAGGUCAAUGUCAACCAGCCGCGCGACGAGCACUGCUGCUCGCUCCUCGACGGGCUCGUCGGUCUGGACGCGGCGCUCUGCCUCUGCACAAAUCUCCAUGCCAAUGUGCUCGGCCUCAACCUCAACCUCCCCGUCGACCUACGCCUCAUUCUCAACAACUGCGGCAAGGUCUGCCCCACCGAUUUCCAGUGCCCACACCACUAGAUCGAGUAGCUUGAUGUUGUCAUGCCUGGAUUUGUAAGCACUGUUUGUUUAUUUGUUGGUACAAUGUUGUAUUCUUUUGUUUCCCAUGAUUUUUUUUUGCGGGAAUUUCCCAUGAUUAUUUUGGUUUAAUGUUCAUCGAAUAAAAUCAAAAGGUAAUUUGUAUCGCGGA